UGAUAGCCAGCCUUGGGUGAAUGAUAUAUCAGGAUCUGAGGGAACCGUCUCAGAUGUCAAUUCAACUCUAGUGACUGGCUCAUUCAGUAUAUCUGUGAGUGGCAGUGACCAAAUGAAUCAGAUGUACUGUCGACCAGGUACAUACAUUUAUGUGAUGGUAGACAGCGGCAAAACAGUGGAUGAAGCGGAUGAUUCAAAUAACUUUGCUUGGAAGCAAAUCUCCCUGAACUGCCCUGGAAUACAAGGUUUCUCUCUGAUUGCAUUUGAUAUAUUUACGUCUCAACAUGACAAUAAGAUAACAGAUGGCGAAAAUGUUAUCACAUUCACAACCACAGUCCAGAACAUUGGAGUGACCAUGCCAGCGGGGAGUUCUCCUAAUUACAAGUUCCAAGUUUACAUAGCUGAUGAUAAUCAGAUGGAGAAUGGAAUAGAACUUACUGUGAAUAGUUUUGAUGGUGAUGAACCUAGAGAUACAGAGAUGCUCACUGCUGCAAUCAAUUUUUUCGGGAACAUAACUUGUGAAUUUGAGAUGACAAAUGAACAGUGUGUUGGUAAGACCUACUUGUGCCUGAAGGCUGUAGAAGAUACAGGGCUCACUGCAGACUGGGACCAAUUUGAUGGUGAUAACUUCCAAUGUAUGGAUUUCCAAAAUAGC